GCGUGGGCGGAGAGAGUUUGACAGCCAGACCGAAGCUCGACGCGCUCGCAGAUGUCUCUGAGAGACAAACCAUGACUUAAUCUAAUGCAUUUUUAAAUAACAGGCUCAUUCGUUAAAUAUAUAUAUAUAUAAAAGAAAACAAAAGGCAAGCCUCAAGGGUCAUUGAGGACCAAGGCCGUCUUAGGAAAGAUAUUAGCGUGUGCUGCGAGGAGCCGCUCAGAACGGAAAACUCCAAGCCACUAGCGGCCGGCCGUGUUGGUUUGUAGCAGUUAGUGUCUCUCAGACGCCUGGAGUCAUUUUCGGCUGGAUAUGCAGCGACUCUAACGUCUGAUGAACAGCAGAGCGGUUUACGAGAUGACUUCAACAGCAGACGAGACCGGAGGUGGGAGACCUCAAAAAACUGGGGGCAAAGACCACAAAAAGCCCACAGCCGAAGCCUUGAGAGGAGCCAUCCAGCUCGGCAUCGGCUACACGGUCGGCAACAUGACCUCCAAACCAGACAGAGAUGUUCUCAUGCAAGACUUCUACGUCGUCGAGAGCGUCUUUCUCCCGAGCGAAGGCAGUAAUCUGACUCCAGCUCACCAUUAUCCUGACUUUCGCUUUAAAAAUUACGCUCCCUUGGCUUUCCGUUACUUUAGGGAGCUCUUUGGGAUUAAACCAGACGAUUAUUUGUACUCUAUUUGUAAAGAACCCCUGAUAGAGCUGACAAACCCCGGAGCGAGCAGCUCAUGGUUUUACUUAACCAGCGACGACGAGUUCAUCAUAAAGACCGUGCAGCACAAAGAAGCUGAAUUUCUGCAGAAGCUGCUUCCAGGUUACUACAUGAAUCUGAAUCAGAACCCGAGGACGCUCUUACCCAAGUUUUACGGGCUGUACUGUAUUCAGUGCGGCGGGGUUAAUAUCCGCCUGGUGGUGAUGAACAACGUUCUUCCUCGCUCUCUGAAAAUGCACUACAAAUACGACUUAAAAGGCUCCACUUACAAACGCAGAGCGUCACGGAAGGAGCGCGCCAAACCCUCGCCGACCUUUAAAGAUCUGGACUUCCAGGAGAUGCACGAAGGUCUUUACUUUGAUGCAGACACGUACAACGCCUUGAUGAAGACUCUUCAGAGAGACUGCCGGGUGCUGGAAAGCUUUAAAAUCAUGGACUACAGUUUGCUGCUGGGCAUCCAUGUCCUGGACCGGAAGCUGAGGGGGAGAGGUGGGAUUGGAGACAGCAAACGGCAGGGUGGGCAGAAGGUCCUGUACUCCACAGCCCGGGAGUCCAUUCAAGGAGACGGCAAAGCAGGCGAGCCUCUCCCCGACGACGACACAUUGGGUGGCAUCCCUGCUAAACACAAAGAUGAGAAGUUGCUGAUCUUUCUGGGAAUCAUCGAUAUCCUGCAGUCCUACAGAUUCAUAAAGAAGGUCGAGCACUCAUGGAAGGCUCUCGUGCAUGAUGGCGACACAGUAUCUGUCCAUCGACCGAAUUUCUACGCUGACAGAUUCCUGAAGUUCAUGGGCACCACAGUAUUCAAAAAGAUUCAGCCUCUGCGCGGCGCGUCCUCGAGAAGGAAGAAGAACUCCAUCCAGCCGUGUAGGUCGGCCUCACAGGAAGUCCUGUCGACUUUAAAAGAAGAGAGUCAAGAAGAGAGGAGGGCGCAGAGCCUCGAAAACCUCGAUGAUGCAGAAAUCCGCUCGUCUCAGAAGCCCGAUGUAAUUCCCAGCUCCACCAGACUCAACCCGGCCGUUUCAGCCGCCACCAUAUCGUCCGCUUCCUCUCUAGACGAUGUGAAGACCGAACCGCAAACCGAUUCAGAGAACAGAGACGAUUUUAGGACGUCCAGCUCGACUUUAGCGUUAGAGGACGCUUCAAACUCACAGGCGAGCACACCCGAGUCCGGUCUGGACGUCUACUUGUGACGGCCUCCUGACGUGGACCGGGUUCCUCCGAAGCGGACAUGCUGGCGCGUUUUUGCACAAAGGAUAUCUCUAGCUGCUAAUUCACACGGACUGAGAAAGGCCUUAUGUUUGGAAGAAUGGAGCGAUCGCCACACUAUAGUACUGCGGUGCCUUACACUGUCUGUGCACUUUGUACCCACUUACAAGCACAAGAUUGUUGUAUAAUAAUAGUUACACUCCCUUUAGACCAGAGUGCUGUAAUGCACUGGCUGGUGUGCAUGUUAAAGGCGUAAACCUGAUUAAAGCAUGUCAAAUAAGUUUAUUAUAUAAUAAUCCUGGUAUAAUUAUCUUCUGAGCACUCCAGACUUGCGUGAAUAAUGAUUUGAUUUCACCUGAUCAUUACGGUACCAGAUGUUAGUAACACUGUCUACAUCACAGCUAGCGAUCAUGGAUUGAAUAUUACGUCUGGUCAUGUGAUUUUGACGCACAAUCAGAAUGAUGUAAUGAGGGGGCGGGUGGGGCGAUGUUACUUUGCGUAAAGAUUUACAUGGGUUUAAGAUGACCAUAAAUCUUUAAAAACCUUUUAUAAAAUUUAUUUAAAUUUAAAUGUAUUUUGAUUAGAGUAAUAUAUGAAUUAAACGUGCUUCGUGUAGAAUGUUUAUAGUUGCUAUUAAAUGCUGUAUCUUCACAAGAAUUCUCCA